AUGUCUGAUCACCGAUACAAGUUCAACGUCUCCAUGAGCUGUAGCGGUUGUUCUGGGGCUGUGGAACGAGUCCUGAAGAAGCUCGAUGGUGUCAAGACGUUCGACGUUAGCCUCGAUUCACAAACCGCUUCUGUCGUCACCGAGUCUUCUGUAUCGUAUGAUACUGUUCUAGCUACAAUCAAGAAAACGGGUAAAACCGUGAACAGCGGCGAAGCUGAUGGCGAACCAAGAGGUGUUUGA